UCUCGGCUGGGAAGGCAGCAGCCGCUCCCCACAGCCCCGGCUGCAGGGCUGGAGCCGGCACAGCGCUCUUUGCGGGCGGGGAGCCCGGCGGCUGCUCAGCUCCGCGCUGCUCUCCGCGGUUAUCCAGGGAUGUGACCUCCUGUCCCCGCUCCAGGAGGUGGCACUGACUGCCCGCUGCUGCUCUGAUAACUGGACUCCAGACAGCAACAUGACUGAACGCUUUGAUUGCCACUACUGCAAAGAGUCUCUCUUUGGUAAGAAGUACAUCCUGAAGGAGGAUAGUCCCUACUGUGUGAAAUGUUAUGAAAAUCUUUAUUCCAACACCUGUGAGGAAUGCAAAAAACCUAUUGGCGCUGACUGCAAGGAUCUGUCUUACAAGGACCGCCACUGGCAUGAAACCUGCUUCCACUGCUUCCAGUGCAAGAAUUCAUUGGUGGACAAACCUUUUGCUGCAAAAGAGGAAUAUCUGCUUUGUACUGACUGCUACUCCAAUGAAUACUCUUCCAAAUGUAAUGAGUGCAAGAAGACUAUUAUGCCAGGUACUCGGAAGAUGGAAUACAAGGGCAACAGCUGGCACGAGACCUGCUUUAUCUGCUACCACUGCCAACAGCCUAUUGGGACAAAGAGCUUCAUCCCUAAGGACAGUCAAAACUUUUGUGUACCUUGCUAUGAAAAGCAGUUUGCCAUGCAAUGCGUCCAGUGCAAGAAGGCUAUCACCACGGGAGGUGUUACCUACCGGGAGCAGCCAUGGCACAAGGAGUGCUUCGUGUGUACUGCAUGCAAGAAGCAGCUGUCUGGACAGCGCUUUACCUCCAGGGAUGAGUUUGCUUACUGCUUGAGCUGCUUCUGCAACCUCUACGCCAAAAAGUGUGCUGGAUGCACAAACCCAAUCAGCGGACUCGGAGGAACCAAGUACAUCUCUUUUGAAGAACGGCAGUGGCAUAAUGAUUGCUUUAACUGUAAGAAGUGCUCCCUUUCAUUGGUGGGUCGUGGCUUCCUCACAGAAAGGGAUGACAUCCUUUGCCCUGAAUGUGGAAAGGAUAUUUAAAGCUCAAACUAAGAGGUGAGGAAGAAGGGAGGAAAGACAUGCUUGCAAUUUAUAGUCUGAAACACAUGGAUGUUCAGAGCUAGCUUUGCCACUCUGUGUCUCACUGUACUAUUAACAUUUCUUAACCUUUUUUCUUUAUACUCUCCAAAUCUGGAGGGAAAACAACUUGAAAAUCUCUAAUAGCAGUGUCAGUGCUUAAGAUUUCUACCAAUAACAAAAAGCUAAUGCAAAACCCAUUAUGUAAAACUAUUUGACUGGUUUUGACAUAACAUACUUUUUAAAUGGUUGUUUUUUUUCCUGAAAAAUAUUCCUGUUACAAGCAAGUGAUACAGUUCUAGGAUUAAAAUGUCAAGGAUUAAAACACACAAUACAUUCGUAGAUGGAUAUUCAGGGUGAAGCCUUCAGCCCACUGAAAUCAAUGGCAAAGGCCAUUCAAUUCCAAUAAGGCUGGUGCAACCUCUGUGUUCUUGAGCUUUGUGACUAGUGUGUGCUGUCAAGUCUGUGGAAAGACUGCAAAAGUAAAGUGUAUUUCAAUGUACAUGGAUUUGUGACAUGCCAUAAAGAGAUAAUGAUGAAACAGUGGAAGUUGGAGUGCUUCAUGACAGGUACAUAUUUGAUUGCAUGUCUAGCUGAUCAUUGUGUGAGGUACAAGUUCUGAUCAUCAGUGUCAGUAUUACAGUUAGUUGACAUUACACUGCACAUUGUAUUUUUCAAAAUAAAAUUGUUUAAAAUAAAA